AUGACUGCAGAGGCUGCUGUUGGCAAUCCAUCCGUUCCUAUGAGCGACCAUUCCACCAAGAAUCCCCUACCACCCACUGCAUUCCCAUCCUUCACAAAGGCUCAGCGCAAUGUUUUACUGCGCAAUCGGACGGCCUGGGAGGACACCGCCGACGACUCCGCUGAGGACAAGCUUGUCGGUCAAGUUGUGGAAGAGAUACUUCGCUUCCCCUGUGACAACUUCAUUUCCAAAGAGGACACAGCAAAGGCUGUCAUGCAGUGGUUCAAGAUCGAAUCCCAGGAGACAGAGGAGCGUCGCCGGAAGAAAAGCGUCCCAGGAAAGGCAUGGAAUGCUUUCAAUGUCGCUGAGUAUUUCUACCGUGAGAAGUAUGAGGGGCAGAUGCCUUUCAUCUGGCGACGGCAGCAGGAAGAGGAGCGUCAGCGGCGGGGGUCGCAAGGCGGGCCCGACACUGCCGCCGCCGCCGAUGAUGAUGACGACGAGAACAUGCCGGCCAUCGGCACUGCCGAGUGGAUGGCGUUGUACUCAGAGGCGCGGUCGGUUGUUUACCGGAACCUGUCCGACAAGAAAUACCGCGAGCUGAAGAAGACAGCGACUAAGUGGAACUCUGAGGGCAUUCCCAAGGCGAUGCAAGACAAAGAGUUCAAGGGGUUUCUGCGAUGGACCCGACAGGUUUGCCAUUAUGCAUGGCUCCACUUCGGCGUCAUGAUGUUCCUGAUGCAUACUCGUAUGGAUGCCGAGAAUGACUGCUGGUCUGGUUGGUACGAUGCAAGUCUUGCAAUUUCUCGACCUGGAGUCACUGCAUUCACCGACCUGUUGCCACGGCCCGACAUCGAGACAACUGCAUUUUGGAGGCGCUUUAUUGCCUGGUUUGCGGCUAGCAACGGCAAGGGGACCACUGAUGCUGUCGCUGAAGCCCAUAAGCCUAAGCGGACCUCUGUAGCGCUUCGACCCGAUGGAUAUCCCAUCCUGCCUGAUGCUUAUAAGAACAAAAAGGACCUUGAAGGCAUCUUCCGCGACGUCAUGAACGCAGCAUUCAGGUAUGACACCGACAAGGUUGGAAAUGACAAGGUCGCUGUGCCUUGGUCAAAGGUCGACGGCCACAACCUCGAGUUUUUCAACAUUACCGACAUUCCCACCGACAAGUUCGGCAAGCUUGUGAACAUACGCGAGCCGGGUUUGAUGACAGAGGGCCAGCUAAUUCCAGUUUGGGACAUGUGGAAGGCGAGAGCUAAAGAGAGCAAGGACCCUAUCCACUUCUCGUCCACAUAUCUGAUAACAUGCUCAUCAACUCUCUCGGGGGCGCGGAAAUCUCAGGGCCAAAGGGUCUCUGAUGAUACUGACGAUGUUCGUGUUCGCCGCCAAAGGCGCCGACGGCGGGUGGUGCCAGAUGAGUCCGAUGAUGGCGAUGCACCCAGCCCAGCUGACAGCCUUGGUGUCGCCGACAUAUCACCGUUAAACCCCACUGCUGAUGGUGGAGGCGCUGAGCGACGGGUGCCACCCAGGGACCACUCUGUCGCCGACAUUUGCAGACCUAUGCCGCGGCCCCUUCUGUCGGCAGCCCCUCAACUUUUGGAAUCACGUGAACAUCCUGAAGAUGUACCAGCUUCUAGCGCAUCAGCAGCGACAAUUUUCCCUGCCUCUGACUGCAACGCCCGGAAUACAACUGCUACUGGAGCAGGGGUAUCUCGUUCAGCACUUCGGUCGCCUCCUCCCCUGAGCGAUGAUGAUGACGAGGAUUUCGUACCCGAAAAGUUGUCUGGGCAAUAUAGGAGCAGCGGUCUGACAUCUCAGGGACGCCUCGGUCCUGGAAGUGUCCAAGAUACUCUUGCUAUAACUGCCGCGGCAACCAUGGCUUCAGCGACGGCACUCAGGCCAAGCGCUACCAUCAGCCACCCGUCGCCUACUUUGAUGCCGGCUGCUAAUAUUGGCUCACUCCUUCGCCGAAUUCGUGUCGAUCAACCGCUGCCGGACUUUGCAUCUCACGCUCUGCCUGUCGCCGCCAGAGAGUCACCCACAGGUUUGCAGACAAUGCCAAGCCCUUCCCCAUCAACCUUGUUGGUAUCGGCUACAGCUUUGGCUACUGAAGCGGCCUCUCAUUGCGAAGGCGCAUCUGGGCCUGUUGCUGCUGACAUUAUCUCUGAAGUUGACGAGAUGGGGUCUCAUCCAACUGGAGGCUUGCCGGCGGCUAUUGACAAUGCUGAUGCGCUUACAGUCAGUGGCGGGUCACCUGCCUCACGAGAUGUUGGAGCGCAAAUAAUUAUUGAGGGGAGGCACACACCUCCUAGACUGAAGCGAAAGGUGGGCUAA